AUGGGCGAACCGACAUUUCAGCUUCCUGAAAUAAUCGAUAAUGAGAAUGGUUGGGGUCCUUCUCCUGCAAUGUUGACGGAGAAAUUUAGGGACAUCCCAUAUGCUCCCUACAGCAAAUCAGAUAAGUUGGGAAAAAUUGCUGAUUGGUCUACACCAGAGCAAAAAGAGAAAGAAACGACAGGAAGGCAAAGACAAGGUUAUCGAUAUCGGGAAGAUGAAGCAUCAUUUUCUGUUGUCGAUAACCGUACUGCUGCACAAAAAAAAGCAGCAUCAUAUAGAACUACGGGCGGUACAAAGUCUCGCGGGGCAAACCGAAACCAGCAACAGCAACGUCAACAGAGGAACGGACAAUAUCAAAAAUUGGGCGCAGUCAAUCGCAAUUUCACGGGAAGUAAGGUUAAUAAUGCUAAUGUUAGGAGAAGAUUUGGAUGGAAAGAUUAUGAUAAGGCUCAGAGAACGCGUGACGCAUCAGUAACUGUCGGUCCCGAAUGGAAAGUGCUCGAAGAGAUAGAAUUUAACCGUUUAUCUAAACUUAACUUGGAUGUAGAAGAAGGCGAAGACAUUUCCUCGCAUGGUUUCCUUUACUACUACGACAAGUCUUAUGAUCGCGUUACUACCAAAACCGAAAGAUCAUUAGUUCCUGCUGAUCGAUAUCGAUUCUUUAUUUCUGCAUCUGAAGAUCCAAUUAUCGAACAGCACAUUAAGGAAUAUUACGUUAUAGAUUACAUCACCGUAAACGAAAAUGCGGCUGAUCCUCCUAUUGAGACUGGGGACAAAGAUAACAUUAAUUCACCCAAUUCACUUUCUCUGGAGGCGAUAGACAUUAACCAUUCUUUUUCUAUUCAAGUCGUGAACGAGGCGGAAAGAUUUGAUUUCGAAAAACCAAAUCCUUUUGUUAACUCUGCCGAAGAUAUAGAACUCAUGGCGCCAUGUGCGUAUCGUUAUCGCCGUUUCGAUCUUAGCAUAAAAGAGGGUGAAGAGGUGAGCCUUAUCGUUCGUACACAACUGGAUUCUGUGAUCAAACAGCCCACAGGUGACUCAUUCAUUACCAUCAAAGCUUUGAAUGAAUUUGAUUCUCGAGCCCAAGGCGCAGGUGGAUCAUUAGAUUGGAGACAAAAACUGGACACUCAACGUGGCGCAGUUGUUGCUACUGAAAUGAAAAAUAAUAGUUUUAAAUUAGCUCGAUGGGCUGUACAAAACCGUGCCCGUCAUGUAAUACUGGGCACCCAAAUGUCCAAGCCUCGCGAUUUUGCAACACAGAUGAACCUUUCUGUUUCUAAUGGGUGGGGUAUUAUUCGAACUAUUAUUGACAUCUGCAUGAAAUUGCCUGAGGGUAAAUAUGUAUUGCUUAAAGACCCAAACAAGCCUGUGGUUCGUCUAUACUCAGUUCCAUCGAAUACAUUUGAAGUUGAAGAGGACGUACUUGAUGAAGGUGAUGACAUAGAAGAAGAAGAG